AUGAUGGCCGAACUGGGCUUCGGCGCUAAAACGUCUCAGAACUCUUGGGCCAAGCGAAUCGUCAUAACACGCGACCGGACAAAGCUGAUUUACCUGUCCGAUUUCGCUAAGAAAGGAGUCCUCUCUAUAGUCUACCGUCUAGCAGCAAAAGUUAGCUCUGUGGUACGAGAUACCAUCCCACCUGUGGACACAUGCAUUGGUUUGCUCAAGUCUACGGAGUCCGGAAUCGGAAUUGACAGCUCAUAUAUGCCUACUCGGCCUCUAGCGAUCAGUGCCCUCCAACUUUUGGCUUCUGACGCAGACCUGAACCACUUCUUCAUGUCUCGGGAUAUCACACCUGACGAUCGCUCACGCUACAGCUCUAGUACCUCAGGCACUGGUAUUCACAAGAGUUCGCGCUCAGACCAUUCCCCUGAACAGCCUAGGCACCAGUCCGUCCGUCACCGAUCGCAUACGACCGAACGACGUGUGCGCUCACCACGCAGACAUAUGCGUGCACAUUCGACCAACGCAACAACGUCUUGCGACCGUUUCAGUGUCCAACAGGAUACUCCUAUGGUAGCCUCGGAUAUCUCUCGUCAUCGACGUCUUGAGACCUUGCCGGGAGCUCCAUCUACGGCGACAGCAAUGAUGCAAUCCAUCCACCCGUCGCGUCGCGGGAAUCUACCUGCCGAACGACGAAGUCGUGAUCACCGCCCUGCCCAUACAACACCCAGUCGUCACUCCCCCGCUAGAAGGACACGCCACCGACGUACUUUACGCAACCGCACUCGCGGACUUAGUUCGGCACGGGCAACACCAUCUACCUUCGAUGCCACGACGUUGAAACCGCUCCAUUCUUUCCAGGAUUCCCAACGUGUACAGUCCUUCUGGCUUGAGUACGAUACGGAGCUCAAGCAGAAGGCAAUCCAUGAACCCCCGCCCUCACAUGAGGACCCAUACCUGGACCUCGCCCUUGUCGAGACCUGGCCCUGA